AUGCUAAACCAGAGGAGUGUGAAGAUUAAAUGGAAAUAUAAACCUGAAUUUUUCCAGCGCCAGACUAGUGGCAGGGAUGACAAGCAGCACCAAAAAAUAAAAGGACGACUACAACAACGAAAAAAACCAAGAAUCCUAGGAAAAGAAGCUCUAAGGGACACAAGGGAGUCAGACUGGAAAAAGAAGAAGCGGGAUGAAGGAACCAGCAGGAAGGGAAGCUCCAGGGUAGAAUUGAACCCCAACAACAAACGACCUAAUAUCCAAAAGGAACACAUAAUACAAAUAUGGGAAGAGAACAAGACAAGAAAGCGGAAGUCCUUAGCUCCGACAAAUAUAAGGGGAAGAGGGAAUAUAUAUGAACCAGGGGAACGGACGCUGGACAAGGCAGGGAAGAAGAAAAAGGAAUGA